CCCUGCCCUGAGCAGAGCACUAUAGCUGCCGCCAUGAUGAAGGGAGCACUGCUUGUGCUGACCCUGCUGGUGACCAGAGAGCUGGCCUUCAACAUGCCUGAGGUGGAAGCCUGCCCUGUGUUUUAUGGUGGAGUUGCCUCGCUGUUACUUGGAAGCAAAACAUUGUUGAACUCAACCCUCGAUUUGGUUGAUAGUACUGAUGAGGAAAAGGCAGCCUUUGGAAAAAUCCAGGAUUGCUUCAAUGAGGAGGGAUUUGAUGCCAAGCUGCAUAUUUCACAAAUCGUGGUUUCCAUCAUCUUCGACAAGGAUUGCUCCGGCUAUCAAGUGUCCACGGUUCUGAGUACUGUUUUUGGAAUAAUUCUCAGUGCGGUUUCUUUGGUGAAAUAGUCUUUGCCAGUGAUGCCUGGCCUUUCAUCCAUAUUCUCCCCUGUUAUUCUCACUGUAGCUGGAAUCCUGACACCUGUCCCUCCUAUGUGGUCUCUAUCAGGCUUACUCUAAUAAAAUCACUGCAGCAUUC